AAGGAGUUGAAGACUAAAGUGGAGGAAGGGUCAUUUGUGCCAUGUGGCUCAAAUGACAUUAUGGCUGCAGCUUUGGAUAAAAAGCCCAAUGGAAUUAGAAUUCAAGGAGUGGGUCACUUCAUUACUCCCACCAUGUACUUUCACAUGCCGAUUGGUGGUGUUGAAGGGAAGGACCUAGAGAAGAAACUUUGUGAUCGAAGGUAUGAUAUGAUGAUAAAGUGUCUUGAUGAACUGAAAGCUGAAGUGAGGCAGUAUGCUUGUAGUGAUAUAGGCAGUUGUAGUGUUCAAGAAAAGUCUACGACAUCUCCAAAACGAAAAAGAAAGGCUACUACAGUGGUCGAGAAGCACGUUACUCCCUUGAAAAAACAACACUUAGUUUCCAGAAAAUCUCCAAGACGUGUCUCUAAAGAGACUGAAUCUGAAACUCAAGUAGCC